AUGGCUUCCAACAUGAGGUUAACCCUUUUGGCUGACUUAAAGCCAUUCAAGACUAGGUGGAAGGUGCAAGUGAAGGUGCUUCACACUUGGAAGCAAUAUCAGACUAAGAGUGGAGAAUCUCUCAAAAUAAUUCUCGCAGAUGAAAUGGGUACCAAAAUCCACAUCACCGUCAAGAAAAACCUGUUGCAUCGUUUUGAGCGGUUGAUGGUUGUCGGUGAAUGGAAGUUCAUCGAGAACUUUUCAUUGAACCAGGUGUCCGGUCAAUACCGGGCCACAAAGCAUCAGUUCAAGAUGUCCUUCAUUUCAUCCACCGUUGUCACCAAAAGUGCUAAUCGAUCUGACAGUCGAUUUUUCGAGUUCUUAGAUUAUGAUACAAUUUUGAACGAUUCCAAAAAUGUUAUUGGACGAGUUGAAAGUGUACGUGAACUUGAAACAAUACCUGUCAUGAACAAGGACACAAGCAAGUGUGAGUUCGACUUGUGUAAUGUGAAUUUACCUGUAAAUGGCGGAAAUAUUACUUUCUUGAGUAGCAAGCCACAUCAGAGGAUUUCUUAUAAUGAUGAGAGUAAUUUUGAUCAGUUUCCAAUGGUGACUAUUGCUGAACUGCAGGAUUAUCUGGAGGUUGGAAAAUGUAAAAACAUGUGUACUGUAUACGCGGUUGAUACAGAUUGGUCAUGGUUUUACUUGGUUUGCACUAAGUGUGGGAAAAAGGUCUACAAAAUCCCAAAACGCGAAGACGAGAAAUUUUGUGAUAAAACUAAGAAGCUUUAUUCAUGUGAAACAUGUGAUGCCAAAGUUUCAUCUGUCAGUGCGAGAUACAAACUCCAUCUUUGUGUAAUGGACAACACGAGCAAGAUCAAGUGUUUUCUUUUUGAUUCAAAUGCAAAGAAUAUUGUUAACCAAUCUGCUGAUGAAAUUUUAAAAAGGACAUACGAUGAGAUACAAGAUCUGGAUGUUGUUCCUGAUGCACUGCAAAACUUGGUUGGGAAGACUUAUCAGUUUCUAAUUUGUGUUGAGAAAGAAAAUCUCUACGGUGGUAGUAAUACAUACAAGGUCGGAAAGGUUUGGAAAGACAAUCAGGCAUCAUUGAUGAACACACAUAGCCAAGAGUCUUCGGAUGAUGUUUCUAGCAAUAUCAAAACUCCUUUAUCAAAGCGUGAGCGUGAUGAUCCUAAAGAUUCAGUCGACUCAUCCUCAUCGUCUAAGAAGUCAUGUAAUAGUGGGAAUAGUGUGGAGACGAUAUAUGCUAAUGAAGUGAUUGAUGAGGAUACAUUGAAGAGUGAUGAUGUUUUGGUGAACGCUUUUCUUACAAGUGAAUCCAAUGAAGGUGUUGCAAAGGGACAAACUCGAUGA